AUGGCGCUAUCAGACAAAGAUGGAACGGGGGACACUGAGUUUCCCUGUCACGGAUUUGUCGGCCAUUUUUUUGUUGAUGACCAGAUCAUUAUUUUUGCGACGAUGGAGCUUCCGACCAACAGCUCUACCUUGUACCAUGUUUGGCAAGACGGGCCCGUCUCUGGUGACAGCCUCGGCAUGCAUGAAAUCUCUGAGAGUCACCUUCAGUCCGUGGGAACUCUGAAUCUUACGUCUGGACAAGCCGUGUCUUCUCAAAGUGGGAAAUCAAAAGCCGUACUGAGGGCUAUUCAUGGAGCUUUGAACACAGUAGGCUGGGGAAUCAUGAUGCCAUUGGGAUUCAUGUGCGCGAGAUAUGUGAAGGCGGUGGGGUCGAGAGCUGAUCCACUGUGCUUUCUACCUUCACGUUUCGAUUCAAACAUCGGCAUAUCUGAUAGGCAUGGCGGGUGGCGCAACUGGGAUCAUUCUGGGCAUCAAGUCUUCUGGGGUUCACCACUCUUGCCAUCUGGGAAUUGGAAUCACUCUGUUUUCUCUCGGGCUACUGCAGGAACUGUUUCCAUGAAAAUUACCAGAAAACCAUUGCAAUUUUUUCCCUCGGUGUCUGCUCUGUUUUGGCGACCUAGGAAGGAGAGCAAGUACAGGUAUAUGUGGAAUGUGUUCCACCAUGUCACUGGAUACAUUGUACUGCUCCUGAGCUUUGCUAACAUAUGGGGAGGAUUCAAAAUUUUGAAGCCUGAAGAGGAGUGGAUGAUUGCUUAUGGUGCUGCGUUUCGAGGAUUGAACCUCAGCAGCCUUCUGUUGGAAGCAUGGAAGAUUGCGAGAGGUGGAAAUAUUGAUCAUGGAGUAGAAGUCUUCUCGAUGGAUCUCACGACUCUUUGGAUAAAUGAGUAA